AACGAAGAGAAGAGGCUUAGUGGACGGCAGACGACAAAAUCGUAUCGCCUCCUCUACUGAUCGCGACGUCGCCUUUUUCCUGUACGUGUAUAUUUUUUGCUUGCAUUGAAAAACGAAAAUAAUGUUCAACAUUAGAUAAAUGACGCGAAAGUGAUUUAUGUUACGAUUGGAUUUUUGUACGAGUGACGAAAAAUAUAACUGUUUUGUACUGACUAGUGUUUUGUUUAACCGAUGUUGGUCUGCGCCCCAUUUUGGAACUUCCCGUCAACAUCUGAAGGGUAUCCCUUGUGUGUGAUAAAUGUAUAAUGAAAACGCCAGAGAAGGGCUGAUGCAAAAAAAAAACUGAUUGGUAUCAAAGCUAAGGCGUAUGUAGUUUAUCAUUCGCUGCACAAUUUGAGUGCAUAGAUAGAUAUCGGAACGAAAGCGAAAAAAAUAACAAAACGUGCAUAAUGGAGAGGAAAAAUGAAGAGUGCUCACUGAAACGAAAGUGAAUCUGGCUAAGUGAUUAUGAAAACAUUCCUCCUGGCUCUUCAAGGCUGUUGUGUUCGCAAUUACUGGUGGUGGAUUGGCUGUGGCAGUGUUUUGGACGGAGGUGGAGAAGCACUCUAGGGCGAGACGGCGUGAGUAGUGACUAGGUUCGCUCUUCUUGCAGAGUAGUCUAGCAAGAAAUAAGAAAAAAAAACUGCGGCAAACACUACUAUCAUAAGUGAGUCCUAAAUGUACGCAGUAAAACGUAGAUUAAAGGUCAUCGCUAGAGUCAGAAGCAAUAACUGAUACAAAGAACCGCACGAUGGUGCAUAGUGGUGCGUAUCUAUCGCACUAUCUGCUGCGACCACCACCAACGCCAGCAACAUCUCAGUUUUACUCUACCGCCAUCGUUGCUAAUAGCUGUCGUCGUCGGAAGACCGCUACCCUUCGGGAGGUUACCAGCACUAGAACACUAGCGCCGCAGCUCAAGCACCGAAGGUCGUCAAUUCAAAUAGUAGCCACCAUAAACGGUCUAGCUCUAGAUUCUACGGUGCAGCCACUGCUAUCUCUAAAAACAACAUCUACAACGGUCUCGUUGUCUACAAUUGCGAGGGACUCGUCCCCCAGGACGAUACUGCUCCUACUUGAUCAAUCUAGAUUGGGUUGAUUCCUGUCUCCGUGUGUAACACUGUGAGACUGUGAUAGGGACGGAUCUCGAAGCGCAUACUAACACUAACUCAUAGACAGGUGGUUUUGGGUGAAGUCGAGAGAUUAGUAGUAUUAGGGGUCUUAGAAGUUAGGGCAAGGUGGAAAUCGAAAACCUAGACUGGUUUCCCAUCCGGUGCAAGCAAUGUAUUCCGAAAGCAUCGCGGAGCUAGACACGAUAGCCAAUGUGAUCGGUCUAAGGGGUGUAGGAACGAGUACGUUAACCAAGUUUGUGGAUAUGUGGUACCACGUCUUCCUGUGGGCUCUGUUUUCGUCCAUCAUCAUUCACACCGGUGCGGCGGUUGUGGCGUUCGUUACGCUGCGCAAGCACAAGUUCGGUAGAUUCUUCUCGAUUUUCAUCCUAGUAAUGGGUGUGGUUUCUCCGGUUACCGGAGGCACCGUCAGUAGUGCCACCAUUGCCUUUGUACAUAGAGCCUCGAAUCUACCGAUGUCGCCUAUCCUGGCGAUGGUGUACGGUGUCGGUCAAACCAUUCUGUCCGCUUGUCUCGGGUUCACGCGACUGUUGGCAACACUGUAAAUGCCAUUGCUCCCCUUCACGUGGUCUGCUAGGGCGGACUAUUAUUCACUCAAAUACAAAUACACCCAUACAUGUAACGUAAACACACACCUAAAUUAUUGUACUAGUGGAAAUUCUAAAUAGAUCAAAUGAAGCAAAACAAAACGUUAGCCAUUUUACGAUAGUCCAGUUUUUAUCAAAAUGCGCAAGAGAAGAAGGAAAAAACGAACGAAACAAACAAAUCCCUCGGGACAACUACGCAAGGGCCAUAUAACGCGACGAGACACGAGACGAAGACGUACGGAAAAAAACUAUUUCAAUAAUUUUGUUUUAAAACAAUGAUACAAACGUAAGCUAAACUGCUGUAACGAGCGAAACUGCAAGCAAAAUGCUAAGACUAAUGGAAUAAGCUGCUAUGCAGCAGCUUUGAAGCGACGAAAGAAGGGAAAGGAAAAAGGCAGAAUCGAUUAUACAUAGUCAAAAACAACAAAAAAGGAAUAGUGAUAUAUACCUAAAACAAAUAAUUGAACUUAAUUAGUAGCGAAAAUUAAAUGGGAAAAUGCAAACCUAGUUAAAGCAAAUCAAACGCCACUAAAGCAAAAACCUAAAUGUGCUAUUUACCAUCCAUCAUCAUCGUUAUCAUAGAAUCAAGAGCAGAAAACCGUGCUUUCGAUACGCUCGCCUCAUUUGUGUUCCAAGUUUUCCCAUUAUCAUACGUGGCGGCGCUAUACUACAGCAACAUUGUCCUGCAGCAUAUCUAUGUAACUUUAGAGGGGAGAAAAACCAUGCGAAGAAUUUAUUUAUUUGUCAUUUUGCGCUUAUUGCCAUUGUCUUAUCUCCCUGUUGGUUUGCCCCAACUUCUCAAAUAGUAUACCUAAAUCUAUUUGCGUUUUUCCUUGUUCCUUGAAUAGUAGUAACUGUCCUUUCGAGUUCGACAUUCUAUGUAGAAAAAAAUAGUGAUCUAUUAUAAGUUUUGUACAUUGGUUCCACAAUUUCAGUUCCAUCUCUUCAUAUUUAUUAGUAGAAAGAAAGGGCUUGUAUGUAUAUUUUUGUUUAGGUUUCUUAACGAAGCGAUGAAUACAGAGACAAAAAAGUCAAGGAAAAUAGGAUGUGUAUCUUAGUUGCUAAGUGGAAAAAAAAAUGUGGGCGUAACAGUAACAGAACCAUCAGUGCGAACGAUUGGUUUAUUUAAGGGUAAACAAACGAAGAAGCAUCAACCAGGAAGCGAUGAUAGGAAAACGGUUAUUGUGUUUAAGCUGAAGUCAAAUUCUCUCUAGUAAUGGAAAUUAUUAUCAACUAAAUGAUGGAAGAAAACGAAACACAAUACCGAUCAAAGCAAAACAUUUUCUUGGAUGCUUAGAAUGGAGCAGGUUUUAAUCAUAAUAAAUAAAUAAAAGUCAAUGAGUCGAUAGUAAAAAAA